UUGAAAUUUAACUUUUUUUUUUUUUUUUUCAACCGAUCUGUGGAAACUCUUAUUUUCUAAUUUUGGGGACUUGUUAAUAUGGUAGCUACUCUCCAGUACUGUGGAAAACUAGGUGUGUGGAUUCUACACCUGGCAGAUUCGUACCUUCUGGCAAUAUGCCUAGGCUAAUGGCAAAAGUAAGUGGAGUUACUCUUCUGGCUGCAAAGAAUCGUUGUAAUGCCAGGCCGGGACUCUGAAACAGCAGUGCUGUACCACGUUGCUUACCUUAUGUGUCAGUUUGCUUAAACACAGGUUCUGUGCGGAUUAUUGCCAUGCCUGUCUCUUGGCUACUCUUGCUCUGGGGGCAGAAGGCAAAAUCUGCUUCGCGGGGUCAUCCCAGCUUUAGUUGCUGAGGUGCUGCAGUACAGCAGUUGUCGAGGCUGUGGGAAGUGUGAUGUGCCCAAGAUGCUGAUGUUGGUGAUAAUUGCAUAAUGGUAACAGUAAAUGUAAUAUAUGCUUCACUAAUUAUCCGUAUGAAUGCUCCCACAGGUUGUCUUGUGUUUUUUUCCAGAAUGCUUGAUGUCUGAUAUAAUUAGUUUUAUGAUUUUUCCCAAGAGCAAUAUAGUACUAACAGUUGCCUGCUGUUACAGAUCGACUCCUGUUUCAUAGUAUAGGCAUUUUCUUUUCCUACGGACAGAUUCCUUUUUCGUUUUCUUUUCCUAGUUUUCCAUACAACUAAAAUCAGAAGAAGCACUGGUAGUAAAGGAAUUUGGCUUUUAAGAUUCCAGUGGCAAUAUUUCAUUUCUGUCCCUUUGGGUGUUCUGGGACUCCCCUGGAUUUGAGAGAUUCAGUAAGGGUACAUGUUAAGAAUUCAUUUCUUAAUUUUUUGCAGUUGACUCUCCUGGACCAGUUGGGAAGCAUCAACCCAGCCCUUUGAGAUGUUAAUGGAAUAUGUAAGCAAACCUAGAACCGUGUUCUUCGGGGGGAAGACCAAAGACUGCAAGCCGGGCAGGCGGCCUGGUGCGCCUUGCACACGCGCUCCCCUGUUCUCCCUCCGUUACGGUGCAGCCAGGGCCCAGUAGUCCUUGGUGGUGACUGGCAGCCUGGAGACCUAAUGCAGCACCGGGGCCGAUUGGGUUCAGUGUCACUGGCGGCCUCCAGAAUGAAUAAACAGCUCUCACCUUCAUCUCCUACCCCAAAGUGCCCUGUAGGAGAUGCUGUUACUUCUUGUUUCCUGUAUAACGUGGAGAAGCAGGUCAGCAAUCAAGAACCACAAAGUUGGAAGAUCAAUUUUAUUUGGGGGGUGAGGGGCCUGGGACAGAGCAGAGGAGAGCAUCACGAAUCUUUCUUCUGAGUUGUUUGGGUGUAGUGCCUGGACUGCAGUGCUUCUGCUAAAAUCUGUCAGAGCAGCUGUUUCCUCUUGAAGGAGAGACAAAAAGAGUAUUUGUAAUAUCUUGAUGUCUGAGAAUUACCCGUGCAUUCCUGUGCGGUGCCCUCCACCACCGGUAUCUGAUAGAUGAAAUCAGUAAUUCCCAACCAGCUCGUAAGCAUCGUGGUGCUGGAGAGGCUUUGUGAUCAGUGCAGACAGCGAUCUUUUCAUCACCUGUGGUUUCAGGCUGAAGUUCUCCAGGAAAUAUUGUUUACAGCUGCUGACUGAAGUGAUGUUGAAGAAGGAAUACAUGUUAUUAGUGGCUACCACAUCUGCAUUGGCUGUAAGACUUUCAGCCCUUAACUAACAAAAAUGUAGUCAUUAAGACCCCUCAGGUCCAUUCCUACGUUGAGAAUUUAGAAAUUUAUGUAUCCCUUGAGGGAAAAUUUAGCCAAGACUAACAGUGUGCUGAGAACAGAAAUGCAAGCAUUAGCUGCUGAUGUAAAUGCUACGGACUCUGGGCAUCACCGCCACAGUAACCGGGUCCUGCAGCUUGCUGCUCUCGCCCUGGGAUGGUUAUUUUUCAUUUGGUUGCAGUCUGCAUACUGGCUCCUGCAGCAGCACUUCGCAGAUCAGCUUGAAAGUUGCAGAGAUUUGGCGAACAAAAGCAGUUUAACAGCCUCGCUCCUACAGCAGCAGUACCAGACAGUACCUGCACUGCUGCUGGAAUCCGCCAAGUUUGCACAUAUAAAAAAACGUGAGCUUGUCCGAGCUACCGCUGUGUCUCACUUCAGCAGGAAGCUGCUGAAACCUCUCACCAUGAAGUGCAGAUGUGAAUGGCCCAACUCUUGCAUCCUGUGUAGCUGCAAAACCUCUCCCCAGUCAAUAGACCCCGAUACCACGUCACUAGGAGAGCAGAUAGCCCUGCUGGACUCUGGCUUCCAUCCCAUACUGUCCUUACCUCAUGGCAGCCCUCUCCACUUACACUUUGAAACCUUAUUAAGAGAGGACAGAUUGCAUAGACUGCUGAGCCAUAAACUCAAGACUCUGAAAAUGUCCAAUUUUGGAAAGAAGCAAGAUCCAACUGCCAGUGCAUUCCCAAAGCUACCCUCUUCACUUCUGCUUGCCUCCUGUUUGUUGUUCGAAGGGGAAAGGCGGCUCGAAGGAACAUCCAGUAACAGCUCUCCUGUUUCCAGUCCUCAGGCACAAAAACCCAGUUCUCUGCACCACGCACUGGCCUCGUCCCCAGAGACUCCUCCAGCCCCUUCUUCCAGUCACAUCCCUUUCACUGGCAGCUCGGCGAUGGUUGGUGAGCAGCGGAGGGGGGAGAGGGACUGACAGAUCAUCUUGUUCUUAAUCCUUACUUCUGGAAAAAGGCCAAAAUAGUGUAGUCACCUAGGAGGAACGCUGGAGUGCCUCCAGGUAACUUCAGCUGUAGCAGUUCUCUCUAGUGCUGGUAUGCUUUUCUGGUUUUGUCUUACUUCUUUUCCACAGGUGUUUUUUUUUUCUUCUUCUCUUAAUGCUUAACUGUUCUCUGCAUGCUCAGGAUGAGUGGAAUGGACAGUGAUUGCCCAAGAAGCCAUGAGAUGCUUAGUUAAAGGACCAAUUUAACUAAGCAAUUAAAGGACCAAUUUAGUUAAAGGACCAACUGGGCCGUGUGACCAUCUUGUAUAGAACAGAUAAAGUAAUUUGGCCCAAACCGUGCGUCUCAGCUCACAUUUUUCACUGUACAGUGAUCUUACUUUUACUUGGGUUUCUUGUUUUACAUAACUGUGCUCCAAAUGCUGCCUUGGUUUUGGUCCUCAUACAAAGCAGAUGGCCGAUGGGCUGGGCAGCCUCUGCCAGCUCCUCCAGUUACUGGGUUUAAUUGCCUUAAUGAUCUGUACGUGCACUCUUCUACUGGCUUGUGCAGCCCUGAGGCUUGCAACAACUUGCAGUCCCUCUCCGUAAACAGUAGGACCAGAAUGAUGCUGUCUUGCGGUGAGGAUGCCAGAUCUUCCCUGGAAAUGCUCGACGAAGCAGUAGAGGUGAGGUUACUCUGGGAAGGCGGCGCUUGUCUAUUCUCCAGGGUUCUGGCAAAGAAGUAUUGGGUUCUUGACAUGAAAAUAAUAUCAGUGGUCAUAGCAGUAUGAUACUGUAGCAUUGGCGUGUAAAAGCAAUGCUAGGAAAAGUUAAAAUUGAAACAAGUCUGAAAUGGUAGCCUAUAGAGGCUGGUAACUAUUCACCGAGUUAUUUUAGUAUUAAUGUCAGCUGGCCUUAGCUUGCAUGUACUCUUCUAAAAGAAUUUCACUGGUACAUAAAGUGAACUUCAUGAAAGCUGUUUGAGCUACGUACUGCUCAAAGGAUACUUCAGCUUCUCUGACUGCCGAGACUUGGGCUGGCUAAAGGAUUCAGAGUGGGAUAAAGAAACUUUCUUCUUUGUUGUCAUUCUAAAAUAAUACUGACCUGGAGUUUGAGAUCACUCCUGGUGUGUGGGACUGAGUUACCUACGUGACAAUGAAUAGUUUCAGACAGCUGCCCACAUCAUGAGAUAACUACCUUCUGCCAAAAACAGUAAACUUUGCUGUAGAUUAAUUUCUGAAGCUACCAGAAGAAUUGAACUUCCAUUUCAUCCUUACGAAUAAUCUUACAAGUACUGUCUUACGCUUCAUAGCAGAUCUGUCCUGUGUUUGGGCUCAAGUGCGCAGCAUUUGCUUUGGAAGCCUUUUCAGAUGAGCCUGUGAAAAAUAAGGAACCUAGUGGAGGUGGCAAGGCAGUAGUCUUGAUACCAAUGGAUAGCUGAACUGGCGAUCCUGGAAACGUCGUGAACUCCAAAGUGUUCACUGAUCUUAAAAUUUGGGUUUGUUUUGGCACCCUGGCAAACAGCUAGUGUUCUAAAUUGAAUCUGCUGGACUUUCAGCAGCUGUCAGGGUCUGGGACGAGGUGAAUAUUGCAGUAUUCUUUGAGCAUGUGAUUCUGGGCUCUUAAUUCCAGCAGCUUCUCCUUUCUCUCCUUUUCACUCCACAGAACAUACAGCCUUGGGAGCCUCGCACGUUUCCACUUCUGGAUUCUGCCUACCAAGGUCUCCUCCUUCACUCAAGUGAGGAUAGCUCUGGACAGGCAGACUCUCAGUCCUGGGUUUCUGGUAACAAGUGGGGCACGGGGCCUAACUCCGUACACGCUGUCACACGCAGCUUCACAGGGAUGCAGUUUUCAGAAACAAACCUGCACACAGGUGGAAGCUAAAACAUAGAGGAGGUCAUGGUCCAGCAGCGCAGCCCAGGAAAGCCCAGGUCAGCAAAGAUGAACCUGACCGAUGGUGAGUGUGAAGUGUUGCUGUGCAUGCUGCAGCGUCAAAAGGCUGUCUGCUGGGCUGGUGUGGUGGAGCACAAGCAGUGCGUGGCACUGCUGUGCGUGAGACCUUGUUUCAGCAGCGGAUGAGAAGAUUCCCAGAUCAGGAUAGGCUUAGGCACCUGAGGGAGCUACGGUGCUAGACCUCCAAGGGAUGGUAACCAAUGAUAGGAUGUGUGGGAAGGGCACUUUGCCUUUCAAAAUGUUCUGUGAAGCUCAGAUUUCUGGAUGUUUGGUUGUUGUUAUUCUCCAUAAGUGUCCUUCCUUGCAAGUAUUUAUUUCUGGGUUGGAGUGUUCAGGGGUGGGAGGAGCUCUAGAAAAUUGAGGUAAGCCCAGGAAUGUUUUUAUAUCGGGAUGAUUUUGAUGCAGAGCUGUUUUCAGUCUAUAUUUGAUAAAGUGGCAGUAAAAUGCCCAAGCGUUGCCUAGACACAUUCUGUAAAAUAAAUUGCUUGACUCAGUGGUACUCUGUGUUUAAGAGUUCGGGUAGCUCAAAGGCUGCCCUCUGCCAGAGGGGUCUGGUUCCCCGUUGUAACAGUGCACUGCAAACCUUCACACAGCCUGCAGACAGGUAACCGCAGCCUGGCAGGUAGGGGUAGGUGGCUUAGUUUGUACCAAGAUGCAUACAGAUGGAGCAGAAGUAUGGGGAGUUCAGGAAGAAAAGAAAAAAAAAAAAAAAAAAAGGGAAAAGCUCUAGGGUUAAAUGGGGAACCACCACAGCUGUGUGCGGGUUUCUGUUAGUGUUUGUGUGAACCAAGGACUGUGCUCUUUAGGUUGGUUUGAAAAAUGUGAAAAUUGGAGAAGCCCCCAGCUUUGUCAUUCAUAUUUUUCUGUAAUUGAAUGAAAACUAAAGCAUGGAAGUAUACUCAAUUUUCUUUACUAGAAUUUGACAUAUUGCAUAAUUACAUACUGAUUAUUUUCUGCCUGUCACUUGUUGAGUUUUUUAUUUUGAAUGAUGGGAUUCACAAAUAAAACAUUAGUAGCUAAAGUGUUUUCAAAAGAGGAAAAUUGGAGAAAAUUGCCUCAUAAUGACUUACUACAUAGUACUAGAUGUGAUUACGGAAAGAUAUGAUAAAUCUGAACAUACCCAGCAGUGAAGACUUGGUGCAGAUUGGUUCACUGCAUUUUAGUCCAUUUUAUUUAUUUAUUUUUUUUGAAGCCACAAUGAGCACUACGUUUUCUUGUGAUUUGGCUGUUUACCCAUGUCCCUGUCUCUGGCUGAAAUCCUUUGUGCUGUGGAAGGAAGCCCAGGACCGUGAUCCCAGCUGAUGACUGACCCAUCCCUGGUGGGUGACCAGCUCUAGUUCUCCCUGAAGAGGAAGACUCUCUGCAACCAACUCUCUGCCUGUUCCCAAGCGAUGCUCUAUGAUCUUCUGAUGAAAGCAAGACAACUUCUGCUUAGGAUUCACUUGGGAGUUUAUUAAAGACCGUCAGGACCAAAACUCGCUAUAGGGUAGUUACGUUCGCACCUUAUUUACUCUCUAGUUACGUUUCUCAAUUUCUCUAUCUUCCACUUUUUUAUUAUUAUUUUUUUCCCCCCAAACACUGUUUAUUAGAUGCUGUUAGAUGAUGUUCUCUCCUCUGUAAGCUCUACUCACUGAAGGAGCAGUGCACCCAGCCUUGCUGCCUGAAGACGAUGGGGCUCUACCACAUCCUGUGGUAGCCGAUUAGAGAACAAACAGCCUGGGCUGAAGCUGUGUGAGGUAAAUGCUUUUUGUUUCUCCACAGGAACACAAGGAUUACCUGUCGUAUAGCAAGGGUUCAGCUGUUCAGAAACAGGGAAGGGGAAAAAAGAACCUAACUUCCGUAGUUACUGUAACUGUAAUUACGGCUCCCAAGGGACAGCUGUGAGGAAGUGUGUGGGUCUGAUGGGCACAGUCCCCUGUCCUUAAGCAGGAGGAGCAGAUCCAAGAGGGCGCACAGCUCUCCACAGAAGAAAAAACCACCGGGAGCCUAGCAGAGACUUAACGCUUCGCUCCGUGUGAGGAAGCCCGCCGCCACAAGGCGAUACCAGAAACAAAGGGGGGCGGCAGAGCAGCGCUGGCUCUACAGGGACCGCUUUCAGCCGAGGUUAACAAGCCGGCAGCGUUCAAGAGCCACCACGGGCCGGGCCGCGAGGGGACACCGAGCCCCUCACACUCCCCCUCAGCCCCGGCGCUCCCGAGGCGGAGCCGGGCGGGAGGCGCAGCGCAGGCGCCAAGAUGGCGGCGGCGAGCGCGGGGCCGGUGUGUA